AUGGCUGGAGGAGGCGAAGCUGAACUUUUCCCACCGGUGAAAAGGACGAAGUCGGAGGUGUGGGACCAUUUAGGCUAUCAGAAGAACUCCCAGAGCCAAGCAAAGACCCGCUCCUCCCGUGCUGGGCUCCAGUUCCCAGUCGACCAUGUUCACAGGCUGCUGUGCAAAGGAAACUAUGUGGAGCGUGUCAGUGCCGGUGCCCCCAUCUACCUGGCUGCUGUGCUGGAGUAUCUGACCACUGAGAUUCUGGAGUUGGCUGGAAACGCUGCCCGCGGCAAGAAGAAGACCCGUAUCAUCCCCCAUCACCGGCAGCUGGCUGUCCGCAACCACGAGGAGCUCAACAAGCUGCUGGCCGGAGUCACCAUCGUGAAGUUAAGAAACGGCUCUAUUACUUUUAACGGGUCUUACCCAUUUAAACAACUGGUGUGA